AUGAUAUGCAAAAUUUGCAUAAGGAGUGUCAUUGCUCAAGCUGGCCAUAUAGUAACGUUCACAAAAGCAAGGGUGCAUUUGAACAAUUUUGAGAGAGUUCGCAAGUGUGCCAAUCCGUGGAACCGAGCAUUUAGGACGAGUGUAAGGAUGAUGGUUGAUGCAGGUGAGAUGGAAAAACGGGGCUCCAUUCUUGAUGUGCUGCCAGACAAAAAUGAAGAUGGUGAAUAUACCAGCGGGGGUUUGAAAAGUGAAGGCGGAAAACUGAGUUGCGGCUAUUCGAGUUUCAGGGGAAAAAGAGCAACCAUGGAGGAUUUUUAUGACAUUAAAAUGUCCAAAAUCGAUGGGCAAACAGUCUGCCUGUUUGGAAUAUUCGAUGGUCAUGGUGGUUCUCGUGCUGCUGAAUAUUUGAAGGAGCAUCUAUUUGAGAAUCUCAUGAAGCAUCCACAAUUUAUUACAGACACUAAGUUAGCUAUUAGUGAAUCGUAUCAACAGACGGAUGCAGAUUUCUUGGCUUCUGAAAGAGAUACAUACCGUGAUGAUGGUUCUACUGCUUCAACAGCAGUCUUGGUUGGUAACCAUCUAUAUGUUGCCAAUGUUGGAGAUUCACGUACAAUAAUAUCAAAGGCAGGAAGAGCAAUUCCUUUAUCUGAGGAUCACAAACCAAAUCGAAGUGAUGAGAGAAAGAGAAUUGAAAGUGCCGGGGGUGUUGUAAUGUGGGCAGGCACUUGGAGGGUAGGGGGUGUGCUGGCUAUGUCUCGGGCUUUUGGGAACCGCAUGUUGAAACAAUUUGUUGUCGCAGAACCUGAGAUCCAGGACCAAGAGGUGGAUGAAGAAUUUGAAUUUAUCGUGCUUGCUAGUGAUGGGUUAUGGGACGUGGUACCAAAUGAGGUUGCUGUUGAAGUGGCCCAAACAGAAGAACAACCUGAGGCAGCAGCUCGAAAGUUAACGGCAGUUGCAUUUUGCCGCGGUAGUGCAGACAAUAUAACAUGCAUUGUGGUGAAGUUCCACCACGACAAAGCAGAGCCAGCCAGUGAACACCGUGUUUAG